UCGCGUCAUCAUCGUGUUCCCAGUACCAGGAAGCAUAGCGACAGCUAAUAAUGUUUGACAGAAAUUCGUGGUUUUCACGAAUUUAGGAAUAAAAUAGAAGAUCACAUCGUUUAACGCCAUAUCGCAUUUCGUUUGCCGCCUUGAAAAUGAAUGUCAAUGGAAAAGAAAAGGAUUCUGCAAUCCUGAGGGAGGAGGGGAACACCUUCUUCAAGGCAGGUGACAUCGAGGGUGCUCUAUGUUGUUACACCAAGGCGCUUCGACUGAGUGAUAGUCAAACAGAGAGUGCUGUUCUGUAUCGCAACCGCUCUGCCUGCUAUCUUAGACUGGAGGAUUACACCAAGGCAGAGGCUGAUGCAUCCAAAGCUCUCGAUACCGACCCAGGUGAUGUGAAAGCCAGGUUCCGAAGGGCCCAGGCUCUUCAGAAACUAGGUCGGCUCGACCAGGCAUUCCUGGAUGCUCAAAAAUGUUCCCAGCUAGAGCCUAAAAACACAGCUUUCCAGGAUAUACUCAGACAACUGGGAACACAGAUACAGCAAAAGUCGGUGCAACUUAACUCCACAGAUGCUCGUGUGGAGCAAAUGUUCUCUCUCCUCCUAGAUUGCUCUACAAAAGAUUCAGAUAAGCAUAAAGCUGCUCAGAAUCUAGUGGUGUUAUCUCGAGAGGAGGCAGGAGCAGAGCAAAUCUUCCGUAAUGAUGGUGUGAAGCUUAUUCAGAGGCUACUGGCAUUGAAGGAGGAGGAAGUGGUCCUGGCUGCUGUCAGGACCCUGGUUGGAUUGUGCACAGGACAUCAGUCAAGAACUAUGGCCAUAGUGAAUGAAUUGGGGAUGGAGCAGCUGUGUGCAGUUAUGGGGUCAGGCGUCUCCUCAGUGUCACUGGCUGCCUGCCACCUGCUGCAGGUUAUGUUUGAGGCACUGACCGAAGGCAUGAAGAGAGAGGUCAGAGGCAAGGAAGAGGCCAUUCUUCCCGAACCAUCAAAAGAGCUACGUUCCAUGCUGCGGCACUUGUUGGAAAUGAUGCCAGCAUCCACUGUGUCUGGGCCUGGUAGAGACAGUGCCAUUAACCUCCUGGUCAAACAAGUACCCCGCAAGUCCCAAAAAAAUCCAGACAACUCCCUCACACUAUGGGUGAUUGAUCAAGGGCUGAAGAAGAUCCUGGAGGUGGCAGGGACAAUUCCUGAGAUUUCAAAGGGCCCACCUCUCACAGACAAUUCCCACAUGAGCUGCUCUGUGUUGCUUAGUAAACUUUUUGAUGACCUUAGAGGUGACAAAGAGAGAGAGAACUUCAACAAACUGUGCGAAGAAUAUGUACAGCAAUAUUUCAACCGCCCUGGUCUCGAGAACAAGCUGCAUGCCAUCCAGACGGUAUCAGUACUCCUCCAAGGACCAAGCGACGUGGGAAACAGAAUGCUGGAGAUGUCAGGAAUGAUGGAUGCAGUCAUCUCUCUGUGUGCCUCUAAGGAUGUAAGUCAUCAGCAGGUAGCAGUGGAGGCCCUCAUCCAUGCGGCAGGCAAGGCCAAGAGAGCAUCCUUCAUCACAGCCAAUGGUGUUGCACUUCUCAAAGACCUGUACAAGAAUAGUGAGAAUGAUAGGAUACGUGUGAGGGCUCUAGUGGGUUUGUGCAAAUUGGGAUCAGCGGGAGGAACAGAUUUCAGCAUGAAGCAGUUUGCAGAAGGAUCCACCCUGAAACUCGCCAAACAAUGCCGGAAGUGGCUGUGUAAUGAGUCGCUUCCCCCAACAUCUCGUCGGUGGUCUGUAGAUGGUCUUGCAUACCUCACCUUUGAUGCUGAUGUGAAGGAAGACUUGGUGGAGGACAAAAAUGCUCUACAGGCCAUGUUCGAGCUAGCUAAGUCUGAUGAUAAGACUGUGUUGUUUGCGGUGGGCUCCACACUCGUGAACUGCACUAACAGCUAUGAUGUGGAGAAACCAGACCCUCAGCUGGUGGAGCUGGCGAAGUAUGCAAAGCAGCAUGUACCAGAGGAACACCCUAAGGAUGCAUCCUCCUUUGUGGAGAAGAGGCUGUUGAAGCUGCUGGAAGCUGGUGUGGUGUCUGCAUUGGUGUGUAUGGUCAAACAAGAGAGUCCUGCCCUGACCGAGUCUUGCAGGGAGUGUAUUGCCAGGGUGUUCUUGGCUUUGGUAGAACGACAGGAAGACAGAGGAACAGUGGUGGCACAGGGUGGAGGAAAGGCUCUCAUUCCACUGGCAUCUGAGAACACAGAUGUUGGUAAAAUCAAAGCUGCACAAGCUCUGGCUAAAAUAACCAUCACAUCAAACCCCGAGAUUGCCUUUCCAGGGGAAAGGAUCUAUGAAGUGGUCCGUCCCCUCGCCAGUCUUCUCAGUAUGGAUUGCUCCUAUCUGCAGAACUUUGAGGCACUCAUGGCCCUAACCAACCUGGGUGGCAUCAGCGAGAGACUCAGGCAAAAGAUCUUAAAGGAGAAGGCUGUACCAAAAAUCGAAGGCUACAUGUUUGAGGAGCAUGAGUUGGUCCGAGCAGCUGCCACAGAGUGCAUGUGUAACCUGGUUCUAAACACGGAGGUGCAGAAGCUGUACGUGGCCACAGGGAAUGACCGCCUGAAGCUGCUUGUGCUUUACUGUGGGGAGGAGGAUGAGAGGCUGAGAAAAGCUGCUGCAGGAACAUUGGCUAUGCUGACUGCAGAGCAGCCCGAGCUAUGUGCCCGCAUCCCUGGAACAACGACCCACUGGCUAGAGAUCCUGCAGGCACUACUACUUAGUGACAUAUUAGACCUGCGUCACCGUGGUGUAGUCAUAGUUCAAAACUUGAUGCAGGCAGAGAAGAGUCUGGCUGAAACCCUCAUGGAAAGUGAGGCAUUGGAAAUUCUCACUGUCCUGGCAAAGGGAACAGAAGCUGCACGAGACCCUGUCUCCAAGAUAGCCCAGUGCUGUCUGGACAAAGCCUUGGAGUAUGAAAUCAUCAAGAGCAGAGACGGGGAAAAAAGUCAUUAACCCUCUGGGCAAGAAGAGUGUGAAUGGAAUGUAUAAGUACUUCUUGUAUCUGGGACCAGUAAAGUCAUUCCACCUUUGAGAACAAUCCACUUUGGAUAAGAUGUGUACUGUCUGUCAUUAUUCUGAAAUAAUGAUUUUGUCCUGUAUAAUUACCAAAAACAUGGGAGGGAGAAGGCAAAGAAGAUAAUUGUUUACAAAGCAAUAAGACAUUUAUUGAAAAAGGAUUAUGGAAAAACUGCCAAGUUCUGGCUGGCUGGUCAUGUAGUAGAUGCACUUUUGACUGUUAUCGCACAUGAUUUCUCCAUGAAUCAGUUUGUGUGACUUAGAGGCGUAGUAAUAUACGUUAAGCAAGAGUGCAUCACUCAAUUUGGAAACCAAAUGUUUUAUACGUGCAGUGCUGGAGAUGGCCUUUCCUUCAUAUGUGUGACCAUGCUGCCUUUGUGUGUCUCUGUUAUCUAAAAAUGCUAUGACAUUUCUUUUACUUAUCACACUACUUUUUUUAAAGUAACCCAUCACAUGAAUAUUUUUACUCAUAUCUUGAAAAGCACAUUUUGAUUUUGGUCACUAUUUCUUGUGUCCUUUAUUUUUUGUAUUGUGCUUCACUACAUUUCCAUUUUUUGUGGUGUUAACCCCAUCAACAGAGAAAUAAAACGUAU